CGAUAUCUCCCCUUCUUCUCACUACGUAAUGUGCCGUGCUGCUUAUGGCGGCGCUGGUGACAGUGCUGAAAGCUGUUGGGUAUGAAGUGAAAAAGAACUGAUUUUGUACCAUCUGAAACUCCUACUUCAAGUUCAGAUCACUCAGAAGCAACAAAUCAAGGAAAAAACAAACAUCCCCUGAAAAAGACCCAACGGUGCAACAUCUCUAAAGACGGACAAGACGGAACUUCAUUCUAUGACAAAUUAACAGUGUAAACCAUAACGACCAAACAAAGCAACCAAAGAUCUUCAAAAACUGAACGACUAGAUUGAAGUAAUCAACCAUCAACGUUAACGGCAAAGACGAUACUUGAUCUGAGACAAGAAGUUUGUGCCUACUCAACAGCUUUGACAAAGCACACGUCCCAACGCUGCUCCAAGCCCUACUCAUCCUCCCCGCACCUCUAACUCCUCUGGGGUGCGGAGAGGGCUGCUGUCUGCUAGUUUAACUUUCUUUCUCAGUUACCUCUGUAGCCCUUCUAUCUUUUUAUUUUUUUUGGUCAUUUUCCUCUUUUCAUCUCGUUCAAAGCAUUGUUUCCACACCUGCAUUUGCCUUUUUUCUUUUUUCGUCCCUUUUUUUUGUAUUCCUUUUUUUGUUACUAGAACGUGUGCCAGAAAUUUGAAAGCAAGUGUGCGUGCUAAAGAACAAAGAUUCUAAGUGUUUGACUGUCUAAGUGAAAUCGACGUUCCACAACACCUAAGCAAGUUUGCAUCAUCCUUAAGAACUCCUUUGAAGAUGGAGAGGACAAACACCGAUGCAUCUUCCCCUACUGUUGCUACCCCAAACCCUGCCCCAGCCCCUGCAUCUGCCCUUGCAACUAUCUCUUCCACCUUCAGCCAACCAAUCCCUCGCUCAGCCUCUGUCUCUUGCCACACACCUCGUGCGGCAUCAGGGAAAAGGCAUAAGCGUGCCCCUUUGUAUCAGAGAUCUAUGAGUUUCGACCCAAGCCUGCUGCACAGCAAUGGCUUUGCGAAUGGUACUGGCGUGGGCCUGCGGGAGACCGGUGUGGUGGAAAAGCUGCUCACCUCUUAUGGCUUCAUCCAGUGCUCCGAGAGGCAGGCUCGCCUCUUCUUCCACUGCUCUCAGUACAAUGGAAAUCUGCAGGAGCUCAAGAUUGGAGAUGAUGUGGAGUUUGAGGUGUCGUCUGACAGGCGCACUGGCAAGCCAAUAGCUGUGAAGCUUGUAAAGAUCAAGGCUGAGGUGCUGCCCGAAGAGCGAAUCUCUGGGCAGGUGGGGCCUGACUUGCACGCCUCUCCCUUUACUAUGCUGCAUGGUUAUAUACAUCCACAUCCAGUUGUCUCAGCCAUCCCCAACCACCUGGAUGGGAAAUCUGCACCUGGCCAGGUUCCUACUGGCAGUGUGUGCUAUGAGAGAAAUGGGGAGGUGUUUUAUUUAACCUACACCCCUGAUGAUGUGGAAAGUAACAUGCAUCUGGACACUGGAGACAAAGUCAGUUUCUACAUGGAGACUAACAAGCACACUGGUGCUGUUAGUGCCCGGAAUAUUGUGUUGGUUAAGAAGAAGCAGAUGAGGUGUCAAGGAGUUGUUUGUGCCACUAAGGAGGCAUUUGGAUUCAUUGAGAGAGCGGAUGUGGUGAAGGAGAUUUUCUUUCACUACAGUGAGUUCAAGGGUGACUUGGAAGCAUUGCAAGCUGGAGAUGAUGUAGAGUUCACCAUUAAAGAUAGAAAUGGAAAGGAGGUGGCUACAGAUGUUCGUCUGCUCCCUCAGGGCACAGUUAUUUUUGAGGACAUCAGUAUUGAACAGUUUGAGGGCACAGUCACUAAAGUUAUUCCCAAGGUUCCCACCAAGAAUCAGAAUGAUCCCCUUCCUGGCCGAAUUUGUGCCAGAAUUAACUUCACAGAAAAAGAACUUCUAUUUGGAGAGAAAGAUACCAAGUCUAAAGUGACCCUUCUGGAAGGAGACCAUGUUCAGUUCAACAUUUCCACUGAUCGCCGAGACAAGCUUGAGCGUGCUACAAACAUCGAUAUUCUCCCUGACACUUUCCACUUCACCAAGGAGGCCCGUGAAAUGGGUGUGAUAGCUGCAAUGCGUGAUGGGUUUGGCUUCAUUAAGUGUGUGGACCGUGAUGCCAGAAUGUUCUUCCACUUUAGUGAGGUGUUGGAAGAGAGCCCACUGCACAUCUCUGAUGAAGUAGAGUUCACCGUUGUUCCAGUGAGUUACAGAGAAGUGGACAUGCUGUCAGCCCAGAGGAAUCAUGCAGUGAGGAUCAAGAAGCUACCCAAGGGCACAGUGUCCUUCCACACCCAGUCUGAGCAGCGUUUCUAUGGUGUUGUGGAGAAGGAGGCCAUGUGUGCUUCCAACAGCAAAGCUAAUGUCAGCCCCAGCAAGGGCAAAGAAAAGGUUAAAGUUGAUAAGGAUAUAGAAGAAGGAGUGAUUGCAUAUGAAGACUGUGGAGUGAAGCUGACUGUGCCCUAUCAUCUUAAGGAUCUGGAUGGAUGUGUGUUUCCCCAGUUAGGAGAGAAGGUGGAAUUCUCAAUCAGUGAGGUGAAGAGGACUGGCAUGCAGAGUGCAGUCUCCCUCAAGAUCCUCAAUCGCACCACCAACACAAAGAGGCUUUUGGGCUUCAUCGCAACACUGAAAGAUAACUUUGGUUUCAUUGAGACAGCCAAUCAUGACCAGGAGAUUUUCUUCCACUACAGUGAGAUGUGUGGUAAUGUGGACAACCUGGAGCUCGGGGAUGCAGUGGAGUAUACUCAGGCUAAAGGCAAAGGGAACAAAAUUAGUGCUGAGAAGGUCACCAAAAUUCCACCUGUGAACGGAGUAGGAGAGGAUAUUAGCACUAAUGUGCUUAUGGGGAAAGUGAUUCGACCCCUGCGCAGCGUGGACCCCUCUCAGACUGAGUAUCAGGGGCUUAUCGAGGUCACAGAAGAAGGCUCAAGUAAGGGACAGACUUAUCCGUUUGGCAUUGUGGGAAUGGGCAACAAAGGGGACUGCCUGCAGAAAGGGGAGCUGGUGAAGUUUCAGCUGUGCACUGUGCCUCAGACCGGGCAGAGAAUGGCCUGCAAUGUCGUCCCACAGCGCCUCGCUCUGGUGGAGUGUGUUAAAGACCAGUUUGGUUUCAUCACAUAUGAGGUAGGUGAGAGCAAGAAGCUGUUCUUCCACAUGAAGGAGGUGCAGGACGGUCUAGAGCUUCAGGCAGGAGAUGAGGUGGAGUUCUCGGUCAUCCUGAAUCAGCGCACAGGGAAGUGCAGUGCCUGCAACGUUCGCAGAGUCAGCGAGUGUCCUAAACCAGUGGCAACCCCUAGACCUGACCGACUGGUGAAUCGUCUGAAGAGCAUCACCCUGGAUGAUGCCAGUGCCCCACGUCUGGUGAUCAUUAGACAACCCCGGGGUCCUGAUAACUCAAAGGGCUUCAAUGUGGAGAGGAAGCUUCGCACGGCCAGCGUGAUCGAGUGAUUUUACCAUUAGCUGCUCGUCCCUCUCCGUAAUGACAUACAGCACCUCAGAAAACAAAAGCAAUCAAGACUACAGGACAGGGAAGGGAUUUGCACUGUUAAACACCAAUAAGUAACAUGGAGACAGACAUUUAUAAACACACACACAAACACACACACAAACACACACUCUUACACACACUCUUACACACACACACACGCAAACACAUCAGCAUGCACAUGCCCUUUCCCUGUCCCAGAAUCCCUUCCAAAAGAAUCCACUCAUUUCACUUUACCUUUCAUGUUAGUGUGGUGUUUGCGAGCUUAUCGACGAGAAUUCCCUGUUUGUGUGAGUGUGUGUGUGUGUUCUGUGAGUUCUGUAUCAAGUAUUUUUUUAAAUAAACGUUUGAGGGAAUGGAAAGUGUUAGUGUUGAGAGAACGAGAGAAAGUGAGGUUUCACGGUUGCAACGCCUGUGGAAAUCAGGUGUGGAGGAAAUGUGUUGGUUAAUCUGUUCCCAUUUUUGGCUCAAAGUGAAAAUGUAUGGAAUCGUGUGCCUGUUUCUAUUAUUUUGUCCUUUGUAUUUCUCCCUUGUGGCAGUGUGAGUGAGGGAUGUCUGGAGAGUUGUAAUUUCUUCAACUUUGCUGAUUUUUGUUCUUUGUCCUCUUGCCGGAAACACUCUUUGUUGAGCAUCUCAAUUCCAGAUCAACUUCUUCACUCUUCAGUGGAGAGAUGUUGGUGCGUCUCACAAGCUUCUUCUGUUCCGUUACUUAGAACAGCUUUUGCAACCACUUGCGUUUGAAGCACUGCUCUAGAUGUAGACUGCUCAUGUCAUACUAUGAUUUUUGUUUUGUUUUCCUCUUUUUCCUUCCCCAGUUAAUUUUGAGUUGAGUUUUCUUAAUUUUUUUUUUCUUUUACUGCUGUCUUUGAUUUCACAAACUCCUUCCAUGUUUGCCAGAUGCAGAAUUCCUAAAGGCAUCUUGUAUCCUGCAGUCCUUUUAUACUGUUUGUUUUGUUUUGUUUUUCUCCCUCUUUGCACACCAUACUUGUUUUUUUUUUUUUUUAUUAUACUAUUUAAACUCACUGUCUGCUAAUGAGAAAAGUAAGAUUAAGGUGCCUAAAGUCUAUAAAUGAAACAAAACGACAAAAAAAGAAAAAAAAGAAAAACAAACCUCAAAAAAAGACUAUAGACUUCGACUUUAUCCCCAGCCAGUCACCAGAAAUUUAAGAACAAUCUUAGGGUGGCAUUUUUUUUGUUUUUUCUCUUCUCCAAGUAGAAUUAAUACUGGUCUGCAUCCCAAGUACCCGUGGAUGAAAAAUGCUAUAUGUAAUGUGUGCUUUUUACUUAGUGGGAGGUUUAAAAAAAAUAUAUAAAAAAAUACAAAACAACGCAAAGUGUAACGUGAGAAAUAAAAGGGGUAAAUAAUACACAAAAGGUUCUAUUCGAAAUCAUGAUCAGGAUUUCAAUUAAUGUGGAUAGAGACUUUGCUGUGCUUCUUACUGAAAAUCAGAAUAUUACUGUUAUGAAUUUUCUCUGGAGGCCAGUGGGUUACUGUUGAGCCACUUGUUCUCCUCUAUACUUUUGUUAAUGGUCUUGAAUGAAACAAUUGAAAUAAACGUUUUAUGAAAAUCA